CUGUAUGUUUCUAAUUUAAAGAUGAACAGUUUGUUACAAGAUGUGCAAUGAAAUUGGUAAAUAACAGAAAAAUAAAAUGGUUUUUCAAAUCAAUUUGUAUUUUUUUACUUACGUACUCUUUGGACUAGCUUUCUGUUCUAAACAUCAUAGUAGAGACAAAAGAUUUGUAGUUUAUCGACAGGGCGGAGCUUUCAAGAUCGUAAUUGGUAUCGGUACCCCUGUGAAACUAGGUUCUAAACAGUCGAUGGCAAUCGGUUGGAACCUUCAAAUGCAGUACACAGUACCUACAAAUGCAACACAAUUAGUCAAUUAUCCUCCUGUUUAUACUGGGAAAAGGUCUAUUAAUUUUAAUGAUAAAGAAACACAGAAAAGUGAUAGGGCGAUGUUUUAUAGUGCUCUUGAAGACAUUUUUAACAAUGAUGGCCUAAAUGGCAGGGCAUGUAUACUAAGAAGUAUUUGUGAAAAUGCAUUAGAUCCGUUAGAUCAUGAAGCAAAUGGAUUAUAUGGCAAAAUAUUUCAUAUAAUUUUAACUCCAAAUUAUGGAGAUGGUGUAAUAGAUCCAGGUUUGGACCCUGUUUACCAAGAAGCACAGCAAGCUGGCGAAUAUGGUGUAAAAUGUCAAAGUCUUUACUCCAAUUGUAAACUUAAAGAUGGAUUGCUGGGUAUAUUCUCUAUCUUGGAUACACACAUUGGAUAAAUAAAUAUUUUUGUAAUUUUUAACUUUAUUUUGUUCAUUGUUUGCAUAUUUGUAACUAAAAUAAGAUAUUUCCAAAUUAUAUAUUAAAAAAAUCAUUAGAUUUAAAGGUUAUUCUUGUUCUAUAAGAUGAAGUCAUAAGAUACACG